AGCUUAAAAUUUGAACCAUGUCCUAACUUGUCUCCAAAUUUCAAAGUGCACUUAUGUGCACUUUUUGAGUUAUGCCAUUUUGAACAUUUUGAUUCAUGCAUGAAAAUUAAUGAUUUCGCGUAUACGCUUGGUUAAAAUCACAUUAUUUACCUGCGGAGGCAGAAAUGACGUACCUGCUAUGUAUGUUUUGAAAAUGGUUUGAUAUUCAUGACUUUGUUGGUACUUAGGUACGUUUAAUAAAAUUAGAAAUUCCUAUUCUAAGUAUUUUACAGAAACGAUUCGUCGAAUAUUCAUAUCAGUUCGUUGUUGUGUUCUUUUGAAAGUAUGGAUAAUAAUACCGUAGUGUCCCUGUACGAUAUAACGAAGCACUAUUCUGAAAACGUGAGAACUACUUUCGAGUAUAUUUGUAAGAAUUACAACAUUGCAGAACCAUCACAUGAUCAACUCAGGGAAAAACCACCGAGGAAAAACUACGCAUGUUGUUCUGUAGCUUCAAAACGAGGUAUACAAAAGCCCAUAGAAGAAGUUCAUAUUUUAAGUAAUCUAACGACAAUCGGUUACAUAGUGAUUUUGAUUUAGAAGAAUUUAUCGUGGAAAACGUGAAUUUGCAAGUGGAUCAACAAAAAACGUGGACGAGAAUCCAUACAAUGUUCCAUAAAAUAAACCGUCUAAAAUUCUAAAACACCGCAAAAAUCAAAUUUUGAUUGGAGGGGGAGGGGGGGGGGGGUCUUCAAAGAGAGGUGGAUUUUAACUCAAGAAGAAGGGGAGGGAGAUUGAACGUAAAUCAGAAACUUUAACAUAGCAUAAACCGCCAUUCCGUGCAUCAAAUAGACAGAGCAAGAAUAUUAAAAUUCACCACAUUAAUGCAUGUGGCCUCAAAUAUAUGAAAAAAUCGAAAAUUAAACUUAUUUUCUGGAAAAAUAUCAAAAUUCAUUUGUUUUCAUUAUACUAAGUACAAACAACACAAAAAAGUCACAAAAAAGCAAAAAAAUAUUUUUGGCCGCUCGCUUAUAUGGAAAUACCCCAUAGUGCAUUUGGCUUCUCAGAAUCUGUCGACUUUCAUAAUUUGACAAAAUCCCCAGUUUCAGCCAUGUCGCUAUACCACGCCCAUGCCGGCCAGGCCGAGAUCAUCCGGACGAUCCAGAAGGAUCAGAGCUACAUCGAUGAAAUUCGGGGUCAGCUCAGCGAAAUCUUGCUCCUCGUAAGCCAAAGGAACUGGUUCAAGUACCAGCACUUGUGCAAACUGAUUGCCGAAAUCCUAUACCACCACUAUGCCAUCGUGAACAACCUGCAAACACUGGGCGAAGAGUACACCGGAAUCAUCCAGGUCGACUCCAACUACGUGAUGCUGCCGAAUAAGGCCUUGCAAAUUUUUGCCAUUCUGCUGGAAUACGGUGGCGAGCACGUGGUCGAUCGGAUUCUAACCCGGUUGCAAACGGAAAUCGAUCGCAGCGAGGAGAUACUGCCGGAAGCUAAGGAAAACUUGAACCGGAUGCUGGACGGGCUAAAGUUCAUCGUUCCGUACGUGCGAGGCUGCCACACCAGCUUGUUCUACAUCUACAGCGGAAAGUAUCACAUUUCGAAGCGACUGACGGGAAUCAACUACGUCCUCAUCCGGAACUGGCUCAAAGAGAACCACUCGAUCUACGGCUUCCGGAUCCUGGGAGUGGUCACCCUGCUACAGUUAGUCCUUUCCCUAAUCGUCAAAAUGGUGGAACAGCGCAAAAAGAGCAAAGCGGACGCCGCCAACGCAGCUGUCAAACGUGCAGCGCCAUCAGCAAGCGGUGGCGAAAGACCGAACCACUCCUCGGAGCGCAAGUGCGCCCUCUGCAUGGAGCAGGCCGUAGACCUGAGUGCCACCCAAUGUGGUCACCUGUUCUGCUGGGUUUGCAUCCUGAACUGGCUGGACGAGCGGCAGAUUUGCCCGAUCUGCCGGGAAGCGAUCAAGAAGUCGCGCGUGGUGAGGUUGCAGAACUACUAACACUGGAUGACAGCUGUCAAAAGUGACAAUUUUGAGGUUAGAAUUUGGGAAUUUCGGAAUGCAAAUCAAAU